CCCUCUUUCGUUUCUGCGCUUCUCUGCCUCGGAUCUCCGGAGAUACAUCCCCUUCCCCACCGAAAGCCCGAACCUUUGGCCAUGGCGGUCGGCACUUCGUCAGGCAUCCCCAGCACUCCCCUGCUCAAGGACGAGGUCGACAUCGUGAUUCCGACCAUCCGGAACCUGGACUUCCUGGAGAUGUGGCGCCCCUUUUUCCAGCCCUACCACCUCAUCAUCGUCCAGGACGGAGACCCCAGGAAGACGAUCACGGUGCCGGACGGCUUCGACUACGAGCUCUACAACCGCAACGACAUCAACCGCAUCCUCGGCCCCAAGGCCGCCUGUAUCUCAUUCAACGACUCUACCUGCCGCUGCUUCGGUUUCCUCGUCUCCAAGAAGAAGUACGUCUUCACCGUCGACGACGACUGCUUCGUUGCCAAAGACCCCUCCGGCAAGGAGAUCAAUGCGUCUGAGCAACACAUCAAGAAUCUCCUUUCUCCAUCCACCCCCUUUUUCUUUAACACUCUGUAUGAUCCUUACCGUGAAGGUGCAGACUUUGUUCGUGGCUACCCUUUCAGCCUCCGUGAAGGUGUCCCGACUGCUGUUUCUCAUGGAUUAUGGCUCAACAUUCCAGACUAUGAUGCCCCCACUCAGCUUGUCAAACCUCAUGAAAGAAACGCCAGGUAUGUUGAUGCGGUGAUAACUGUGCCAAAAGGUGCACUGUUUCCCAUGUGCGGGAUGAAUCUAGCAUUCAACCGUGAGCUAAUAGGCCCUGCAAUGUACUUCGGACUUAUGGGUGAUGGCCAACCCAUCCGUCGAUAUGAUGAUAUGUGGGCAGGAUGGUGUGUGAAGGUGAUCUGUGACCACUUGGGAUUGGGCGUGAAGACGGGCUUGCCCUACAUCUGGCAUAGCAAGGCCAGCAACCCGUUAGUGAACCUUAAAAAGGAGUAUCAUGGGAUCCACUGGCAGGAAGAGGUGAUCCCUUUCUUCCAAGCUGUUUCCAUUCCGAAGAAGUGCACGACACCUCAAGAAUGCUACAUCGAGCUCUCCAAGCAGGUUAAAGAGAAGCUUGGGAAGGUGGAUGAGUAUUUCAACAAGUUAGCCGAUGCCAUGGUGACAUGGAUCGAGGCUUGGGAUGAGCUCAAUCCAUCUGAAAAGCUCAGCAACAUCUCUGCCGAGUAGUCUGCUUGAAAAAUCGACCAUUUGUAACGGCACAUUUUCUGUUGUUGUUUUUCUAAAAACAAAACUAGAAAGAAAUUUUCAUUAUAUUAAAUAACAAAUAAAACACUCACUUGUUGUUAUCGAACCUUAUCCUGUUUGAUGCAGUCUUCUUCUUCCUCAUUGUUUGGAGGCCUACCAUUGAUGAAUGUAAUAUCUUCUUGAUACGAUGUUGCAAUAAAAAUCAUGUGUUU